AUGCACAAAGCAACUAUGUGCAUGACAGGGAACAAUUAUAUCACUGCAUCUCCUCAGCAGCUCACCAGACUCCCUGCUGGAUGGUCAGUACGUGGAAACCAGCCAGAAAGACUACGGAAAAAUGAAGAGCUGACAGAUGAAGAGAAGGAGAUCAUCAACCGAGUAAUAGCUCGAGCAGAGAAAAUGGAAGAAAUGGAGCAAGAGCGUAUUGGGCGUCUCAUGAACCGCUUGGAGGACAUGCGCAGGAAUGUGGCCGGCGAUGGUGUAAAUCGCUGCAUCCUGUGUGGAGAACAACUGGGUCAUCUGGGAUCAGCUUGUGUAGUAUGUGAGGACUGCAAAAAGAACGUUUGCACAAAUUGCGGUGUGGAGACGACCAACAGCCGCCCUCAUUCCAUCUGGCUGUGCAAGAUCUGCAGUGAGCAGAGAGAAGUGUGGAAGCGUUCAGGGGCCUGGUUCUUCAAGGGCUUGCCAAAGCAAGUGCUGCCUCAGCCAAUGCCCGUCAGCAAGACCAAGCCACCCCAGGGUUCCAGCGAACCCGUCUCCUCAGAGCCACCUGCUCAGGACCCGAAACUUCACUCCCGCACUCUGGGCCGAGGUGGCCCGGAGGAAAAGAGGGGAGUGAGCAGGAAAACAGGCAGUAAACCAAUGGCUGGUGCUUCUGGCCGGGGAAGCUACCCACCUCCAAGCCGCAAACCAUCUGAGAUCAGAAUGGCUCCGAGUGGCAGUGAGUUUGCUGGCAAGGUUGCUGACACCUGGGAGUACACAGCAGAGAGCGAAGUCAAUAGAAGCCCUGGAAGUGUAAAACGUGCCAAUUCCGUUCAAGCUUCCAGGCCUCCUCUAGCGACUGGUCAGAGCUCUGCUGCGCAGCCAGCUCCUGCAGUAGGUGGCAGACAAGAGUCCGGGCCCGCUGGUAGAUAUCCAGAAAGACAAGUGAGCCAACCGAUGGGCCUGCCCCAGACAGACCUUGCCUAUUCAGCAGCAGUUCCCAGGGAUGAGAGAGGAGGUGGUGGUGGUGGUUAUGCGAUGCCUGCAGCCAGAGAGGAAAGGGCCACACGCCAGCCUGACCCAAAAAUGCAAGCCACCGCCCUGCCUGUGCCAGCCGCACCUGUGCGUCAGCUGCCGCCGCCUCAGGAUGAUGAAGAGGACGAGGCAAACAGCUACGAUUCCGACGAAGCAACCACGCUGGGGGCGAUGGAGUUCAGCCUGCUCUACGACCAGGAGAAAAGCUCUUUGCACUGCACGCUCAUCAAAGCAAAAGGCUUAAAGCCAAUGGACUCCAAUGGUUUAGCUGAUCCUUAUGUAAAAUUGCACCUGUUGCCAGGAGCCAGUAAGUCAAACAAAUUGAGGACCAAGACUCUGCGCAACACUCGUAAUCCUGUGUGGAAUGAGACGCUGGUGUAUCAUGGCAUCACAGAUGAGGAUAUGCAAAGGAAAACACUCAGGAUCUCGGUAUGUGAUGAAGACAAAUUUGGCCACAACGAAUUCAUUGGUGAAACUCGAGUUUCUUUGAAGAAACUCAAAUCCAACCAGAAAAAGAACUUCAACAUCUGCUUGGAAAGAGUAAUACCGAUGAAGCGUGCUGGCACUACCAGCUCCUCUCGCGGGAUGGCACUAUAUGAAGAGGAGGUGGAUCGCAGUGGUGAUGUCGAAGAACGAGGAAAGAUCCUUGUGUCCCUCAUGUAUAGCACCCAGCAGGGCGGCCUGAUUGUUGGCAUUGUGCGUUGCGUCCACUUGGCUGCAAUGGAUGCUAACGGAUACUCAGAUCCUUUUGUCAAACUCUGGCUGAAACCUGACAUGGGGAAAAAGGCCAAGCACAAGACACAGAUUAAAAAGAAGACAUUGAAUCCCGAGUUUAAUGAGGAGUUUUUCUAUGACAUAAAACACAGCGAUCUGGCCAAGAAAUCCCUGGACAUCUCAGUCUGGGAUUAUGAUAUUGGCAAGUCUAACGAUUAUAUUGGGGGCUGUCAGCUGGGCAUCACGGCCAAGGGGGAGCGAUUGAAACACUGGUACGAGUGCCUGAAGAAUAAGGAUAAGAAAAUAGAACGCUGGCACACUUUACAAAAUGAGAACCACGUGGCAAGCGAUUAAAGUCCCCAGGACACAUCUCUCUGAAUCCCACCUCCUCUGCCAAAUCACAGUAGAUUCCUGAUGUCUGUCUUCCAAAGCCUAUGCUACACACCUUGCCUACACCUCCUUGGAUCCCAGGAAAGUUAUGUGGCUCUGUCUCCUUGGUGCCGGCAUUUUAUCUUCAACCACUCUCAUUCUAAAGAGCAACCACUGGAUCUUGUGUGUUCAAAUCCCUUUUUGACUAGUGCAUUGUUCUGAUGUAUAAUUUUGUAAAGCAAUAGCCACACUCUGAGGAUUUUCAUUUUUCUUCAUUUCACACCAGUCUAAUGUGCAUCAUAACACUGCUUUCCCUUCUGUUUGUUGAAGAUAUGUAUUCUUUAGAUGGUGUUUCACCUAGGUACUCAUGGUUCCAUCCUCAUUCACCUAAGUGUGUUUAUUUUUUUCUCUGCACGUCUCUUUCCACUCCUCUCAUUUUCUCUUUGCUAACUGAAAAAAGGUUAAUGCCAGUUCUGGGAUCCACAGUCAGCAAACCUACUGUAUGAUUGCUUUCAGCAUGUGAUGGGAGGCAGUUUGAAAGUUAUCACCAAUUCAGACCAUUCAGUUAAUUUGAUAUCAAUAUCUCCCUUGCAAUAAGCAAAAGGCUGUUUGCUGUGCUUUGGGUUUGCUUUAAAACAUAACUUAGUAUCUGCACUUUCAAUAGUACGCUAACGCUGACACCACUAAUAUAAUACGGAGAAUGUUGGUAUCUAGCUUCUUUUCCAAUGGGAUCAUUUUUGCAUAGUAUAGAGCUAGCAAAUAGUGUGGUAAAUGCUUUUGAGUUUUCACAGAAAGGACACUAAGUAUCAUGGCAUUUAAAUAAAUAACUGUAAAUCGA